CGGGCCGGUUCUAUUCCGAUUCUCCAGCGCAAAGUUGGCCGACCCGGGUGCAAUUCCGGCCCACAUCUGGCGCAUCCUCCGCCCUCUCCGCGUCGGAACCGAGCCCUUUUCACAGUCUGCAUCCGAUCAUGCAAGAGGCACAGCAACGCCGACGCCAGCAGCGGAAGGCCUGUGAUCUGUGUCGGCGUCGAAAGGUCCGGUGCGACAUUGUCGUUCGAGGAGCAGAGCCUUGUACGGUAUGUGAAAAGGCUGGUCUUGAAUGUCGGUCGACGACCAAGUUCGCAGCUCCUAGACGCAGCCUCACCAAUGCGCGUCGUCGGUCUUUCGACAAUAACGUCCGCGAGCGCUCCCCCUCGGGCGUAUCCAGGCGAGACGUGGACAGGACAGGCGAGGGUGAACCAAGCAGCCUCCCGCCUCUCACAAGGGCGGCAUCUACACCGUUGGUAGUAACCCAGGUGAAGCAUACAGAAGAGCAAACGCCCCGGUCCGGCGGACAAGAGCAGCUUGCGCGCAACGGCCUCGCUCGGUUCUUCCGCCACGGCAUCGGCGCCGCCGCGUGGACCAUCUUCAACGCGACGCAGAGCUUCCGCAUUGCCUACGUCGGCACCGCCGUGUCCAACCUGGUCCACCUGGUCGAUCUCCACCGGUCGUUCCGCCAGCCGUACGCCAGCGCCGGGGGCAUCCACCGGCCGCUGUCGGCCGCAGCGGCGCAGGAGACUCCGCUAGACAAUCCGGGCACCGGGAGCAGCUCCGUGAGUGACACGGGGGCCGUCACCAAGCCGCUGCACUAUCCGUACCCUCCGAUCCGCCAGCCCAAGCCGUGGAAGCCGAACUGCGACAUCUGGGGGAUUCCGUCGGCGCAGGAUCUCGCGUCCGAGGUGGCGUCGUUCCCGGCGCAUGAUGUUCGCGAUGCCCUGGUGCUGGCGUACUUUGAACAUAUUCACCCGUUCCUCCCUAUCGUCUCCAUGCCCGAAUUCUUUGACAGCUACAGGAGUCCGGAUAAACCACCACCGCUCUUGUUGUUCCAGGCGGUAUUGAUGGCCGGAGCACAUGCAUGCUCUCAUCCACUGGUGGCCAACGACCGCCAUGCCGUCAAGAACGUACUGUUCCGCAGGGCAAGCAUGCUCUACCACAUGCGCCACGAGACGGACCGGAUGCAUCUCAUGCAAGCAGCCGCUCUCUUCACAUGGCACGUCGGUGAUGGCGAUACCGUUGCCGGAGGGCCGUGGUAUUGGUCGGGGAUUGCCCUUCGCAUCGGCCUCGGUCUGGGAACGCAUCGACACAGCAAACAUCUACCGCAGACGGAGACUUCGCAAUACAGGCGCUGCUGGUGGUCGGUGUUUGUUUGCGAAGUAUUUUCGUCUCUUGAAACGGGGAGGCCAUGCGCAGUUCGAGCUGAAGACAUAGACCAACUGCCGCUCUGCAAUGAUGAUAUGACGGAUACGCCGGGUCCAACGACGAUUACUUUGGGCAAGGAUGCUCGACCCGACUUUCUCAAUCGCAUGGUAGAGCUUGCGUACAUCGGCCUCGAUAUCAUGGCAGUGAAUGCUCCAUCUCAAGAGAAGUUGAUUGACAUCAGCUCCAUCAACGCUCGACUCGGCCUGUGGUCUCUUCAAUCAGGCAUUUCCUCCGUCGCCGAGAAUGACGAUUCGUGGACUUGCCAUCUCCGCAUGCAUUACAACUUAGUCCUGCUGCAUCUUUAUCGCAACAUGUCAACAGAGUCUAGCAGCCAGUCCAUCUGCUCGACCGCCGCCCAGGCCAUCGUCACGUCACUCGAGCAGCUCGCAGCCCGAGACGAGAUGCGACAGUGUCACUUUACCGCCGUCAGCGCCGUUACCGCCGUUGGGAUCCAGUUUGCCAGUGAGAUACGCACAGCUGUGACAAGCGGCGUAUUCCUCGUUGCUAUCAGCGCCUUGGAACAGCUCGCGCGACUUCUAAGAUCGACCAUGCUACUUUCUCGAUACUGGCCGAAUGCUGAGGCAGUUCACAACGUCUUUGAGGAGCUUCACCAAGAAUAUGAACAUCUUGUCACUCAACACCUCCAGGGCGAACGCGUUAUUAUUCCCGAGAGUCCGCCUGAUUGGAACAGGCUGCUCGCUGGCGAGCCAAUCCAACCACUCAAUGAUUUCGGUGCGGACCAAGGCUGGAUGAACAUAGCGAAUUGGACCGAUAUGUUGUGAGUGGUAUUUUCCAAGUCAAGAAUGCAUCUUGGAUGUGUAUCGUAAAAUAAUCGGUUGGACGCAACUUGGAUGUUCUUAGGGUGGCAAGUGUAAAUGAGAGGCGAUGUACUCUCGAGUCAUUAUAUAGAACAACUUCAUAAACUUUAUUAGAGCAUAGAUGAACGACGCCCAAUAGAUAAUAUUUCUCACA